GGAGGGGUCGGCAUGACUGUAUUGGGUGGCCGUGCGAUGGGGGGAAGCUGAUUAGCUGGAGGCUUCUUUCACGGCUGGGCGCUUCUUGACUUCUCCCCUCACGAGCUACGAUGGGCGACAAGGGCGAGUACGUCCCGCUCGCGUCUGCGGUCGAUGCAUCGGACGACGUAGAGCAGCUUCCAUCGGCACAGCAGCCGUCCACGUUUAGAAGGGUCUGGCAGGCAUGGCGCGUGAGGCUACUACUGGUCGUUGUGCUCGUGCAAUUCGUGGCUAUCGUCCUGCUACUCCCUCGUUCUUCUUCGAAAAGGCGAUCACCAGGAAGCACGCACUUCCUAUACUCACCAGGAGAAGAGGCGCUCGAGGACGAGCUCGUCGUAUUUGGAUCUGGCACAGAGCACCAGUCUCUGUAUCAGCAACUGACCGACGAGGCCGAUGAGGCCUGGAAGGACUUAUACGAUCCAUCUAUUGUCCGACUUUCACGCGACGAGGCCGUUCUUCUGCCUAAUCGUACACACCCCAUCACCAUCGGUAUGGACGGUUACCUAGGCCAACUCGACGUUUUCCAUCAGUUGCACUGUUUGAACUACCUACGCAUGAGCCUCAGUCCUGAGAGGUAUAAGCCCAUCAUCCGAGCAGACCUGCUCGAGUACGAGCAUCUCAAUCAUUGUAUCGACUCCAUCCGGCAGUCUCUGAUGUGCUCAUCGGACAUAUCCGUCAACGUCUGGCAAUGGUCCGAGCAUUAUGAGUUUGUUGCUGGCCGCGUGAACGUUGCGCAUUCCUGCCGGAAUUUCGACAAGCUCAAGGAGUGGACACGCGAGCGUAUGGCUCCAGAGCAUCCUAUCGAGAUCUACGAGCACGUCGAGAAUGACCUGCCAUAUCCACCGGUCUAUCACUCAGCGGCGGACGUUUGAACAUCUGGAGCGGUAUGCCCGCAUAGGUGACGACGAGAAGACGGUGCCGGCGUUUGUUACUCUAUUGUGUAGGCACAUCACAUGAAGAUACACCGAGGAAACAAGCAAGAAUACAAGUGGAAUACAGUCGGAGUACAACAGAAUAAAUCACUCCAUGACACAGCGCAUGAUCAGCCCAUAAGCCUCUUACUCCCCGAUCUCCACGCUCAGUACACGUUCUC